AUUGGACACCCAUGGAGAGAGAGAGAGAGAGAGAGAGAGAGAGUAGGGAGCCGCUCCCCAAAUAGCACAAGAAUUAGACUCCCCCCAAAUUGGACACCCAUACAGUGAUCAUUUCCCCCUAUCUCUAUGAGAGCUAUCCUAUGCCCGUCAUUCCACAACCAGAGAUCCUCAGCUCAGUAUCCUACAACCCCAUCACUGUCUGGACUACAACAGCUCCGUUUCAUUCCCCACUGACCAAAGACCUCUCUCCUCUCUCUGGAUAUCCCUCCUCUCUGGGGCGAGUGAGCCCCCCUCCACCGUCCGACACCUCGUCGAAGGACCACAGCGGCUCUGAGAGCCCCAUUAGUGAUGAAGAGGAAAGAAUCCAGCCCAAGCUUUCUGACCCCCAUGCCACUGAAGCUGAAAAGUUUCAGUGCAGUUUAUGCAACAAGACCUAUUCAACUUUCUCUGGGCUGGCCAAGCAUAAGCAGCUGCACUGCGAUGCCCAAUCUAGGAAAUCUUUCAGCUGUAAGUACUGUGACAAGGAAUAUGUGAGUCUGGGAGCCCUUAAGAUGCACAUUAGGACCCACACGCUACCUUGUGUCUGCAAGAUCUGUGGCAAGGCUUUCUCUAGACCCUGGUUGCUGCAAGGACACAUUAGAACUCACACGGGGGAGAAGCCUUUUUCCUGCCCUCACUGCAACCGAGCGUUUGCAGAUCGAUCCAAUCUGCGGGCCCACCUGCAGACCCAUUCCGACGUCAAGAAAUACCAGUGCAAAAACUGCUCCAAAACUUUCUCCAGAAUGUCUCUUCUGCACAAACAUGAGGAAUCUGGCUGCUGUAUAGCACACUGAGUGAUGCAAUCGAUGUUUACCCAAACUGAAUGCAUUUCUCCGCUCCUGUUCCCCAAAGCAAAUAGAAGUCCAAAGGCAUUUUCUCUUCUGCUUCCCAACCAAAUAAUAAAAAAGGGGAAGAAUGCAGAAUCCAUAAAGUUUUCAGGUCAAUUACUUCCAUGUGGAGUUUGCAAUCGCUCUAUACUUAAUGUCAUUUCAGAUAGGUCAUAAAGAAGACGCAUAAUGAACCUUCUUCACAGAUGAAGCCAAAAAGCACAUUCUCUCUUUCUUGCAAAGAAAAGACUCCAGAGAUUUACAUUCCUGCCAAAUCAUUUCAACUGAAAAAAACAGUAUUUUUUUUAAGGUUGUAAAGAAUGUCCUAUAGCAAGAGAAUCUGCCCAGAUGCCAUUUAUCUCAGGUGCCUUAUAAAGUAUUCCAAGUUUACUUUAUUCAAUAUCUGAUGUUAAGGUUGCUGUUGUUUUAAAAGUAAGGCCUUUGUUCAUUACCAGUAAUGCUUAUACUGCAUAUCUCAAAGAAGAAGAAAAAAUACACGAGAAUGUACUGAAAACGUAUGCCAUGUUUUGCCAGUGAACUGUAUGUGCCUUAGGAAAAAAGACUGUCACUUUGUACAUUCCUGGUGCAUGCAUGGCCCAUGUUGUUACAAAAUAGUUUUUACUGUUCCUCUUAAUUUUAAUUUUUUUAUAAUGGGAAUAAGUGCAAGAGAGGGGAUCCAUGGGCGCUCGACAAUGUCAUUUUUUAAAAAAAAACUCCUUAAAAUGCACAAAGAAAAUGCAAUUAUCUACAGCAGCACCCCUCCCAGUCAAGUGCCUGUUUUUGUUAAUGAUUUGUAAAGUUUGUGGACAUAAUGUAAAUCUUUUUAUUUUUUUAUGACUGAAUGUGUUUUGUAUGAAAGGGAGAUGUUGCCUCUAGCCAAGUCUAUAGAUAACUUGAAGAUCGUGUGAAGUCAAAUGUCUAUGUCGUUUUUCUAGCCACUUUUUUUUUUUACAAUAAAGUUUUCAAGUAAAACCC